GUCGAGCUUUCCGUUUCUCUGACCUUGAACUAUGUGUUUUAUAGCAUAAAUAAUAAUAAUCGUUAAUUAAAAAAAAUACUCCCAAUAUAUGUAAAACGUUGCUCAAUUUCUCCAAUAUUGAAACGGCUCACGAAAAAAAGGCGGCGAUACCUAUUAUUAUAAUAUACGUUCACUUUUCCUUUCUAAAAUUGUAAAACUUAUAUAUAAGCAGAUAAAAUUCCUUUAUAGCUCAACGUAAUCUAUGUUCGUCCAAAUUGAUAAUACUCAAGUACUUGCCUCAUGUUUUAACCAGGACCGCUGAUAAGAGUAUUUUAGAAGAAAAAAAUAAGAACGCAAAAUUUUCACAUCUUCUUAAAACAAUUCUUGACAAUAUACCUACAAUUUAAACGGUUAUUUUCAAAAAAAUGUCCAACUAUUUACCUGUGACUCAUGUCAUUUUUGACAUGGACGGUCUACUUUUAGACUCGGAAAAAGUUUACUUGUCUUCCAUGACCGACGUACUACUGAAUAAAUAUGGGAAAAUUUAUACAGAUGAAUUACGUGUAAAAGUAAUGGGAACCGUACCGCUCAACACUGCAACGAUUCUUGUAAAUGAACUCGGAUUGGACAUUGCGCCUACAGAUUUAAUGGAAGAGUUCUACGAAGUUCAAUUGCAAAGAAUGGUUAACGUACCUUUAAUGCCUGGUGCCACAAGAUUAAUCAACCACCUGAGUGAAAAUAACGUGCCCAUUGCUGUAGCUACUAGUAGUGGUAAAGAGACCUUUAAGGUUAAAUCAGCUGACCAUCAAGAAUUUUUUUCAAAAUUUCACCAUAUUGUGUUGGGAAGUGCCGAUCCAGAAGUCAAAGACGGUAAACCCGCCCCAGAUAUAUUUUUGGUGUGUGCAUCGCGCUUUGAUGACAAACCUAAACCUGGAAAAUGUUUGGUGUUUGAGGAUGCUCCAAAUGGAGUAACAGCUGCUAGGGCCGCUGGUAUGCAAGCUGUAAUGGUGCCGGACAAAGUAAUUCCUAUUGAAAAAACUAGUCAUGCUACGCAAGUGAUAACAUCGUUGGAACAAUUUAAACCAGAAGAUUUUGGAUUACCGCCAUUUAAAUAAAUAAGAAAUUAUUAUAUUUUUGUUUUAUGACUUAUUAAAAUGUUUUUAUAUUCAGUUAAAUUCUGAAAGAGAUAUGGUUGUAUAUCUACUUGAUAAUCUUAGUUUAUCAUGAUUCAUAUGCCUCGCCCUACCU